CAAACACGUAUGCAGUGACGUACUUGAGGGUAAAGCGACAGUAUACGGUGUAUGUCUGGAGUUCUUUUCAAGGUCUGUACACCUGUUAUUAUUACUGUAGCGAGUUUCAGUUAAGGUACAUAGGUUAGGUACAAGACAAUGGCGUCGACGGCCGUGGCAGACGCGAACGCCGGGGGAUUCGGUGUCGGGGCCGCCGGAGUCGGGCAGGUCCUCGACGGCUCCAACCCGGCCAUCGUCCGGCUCCGGCAGCUCGUCGACGGGCCCCAGUCCUCAGAGGGGUGGAGGCGGUGCUGGGAGCAGGGCGUGACGCCGUGGGACCUGGGCCAGCCCACGCCGGUCGUCGUCAAGCUGGUGCAGUCCGGCACCCUCCCCGCCGGCGGCGCCACCGUCCUCGUCCCCGGCUGCGGCGGGGGAUACGACGCGGUGGCCCUGUCCGGCGGCGGCCGCUCCGUGGUGGGCCUCGACGUCUGCGACGCCGUCAUCCAGAAGGCCAGUCAGCGGUCAUCGUCGUCGCCCGACGUGGCCUUCAUUACCGCCGACUUCUUCACCUGGGCGCCGCCGGAGCCCUUCCACCUCAUCUUCGACUACACAUUCUUCUGCGCCCUUGACCCGUCGCUGAGGCCGGCGUGGGCGGCGAGGAUGGAGGAGCUGCUGCGGCCGGACGGAGAGCUCAUCACCCUCAUGUACCUGCCUCAAGACCAAGACUCGGGGCCACCGUACAACACGACAGUGCUCGACUACGAGGAGGUGCUCAAACCCCUGGGUUUCUUCAUCGAAUCCAUCGAGGACAAUGACGUGGCGGUCGAGCCGCGCAAGGGGCUGGAGAAGAUCGCAAGGUGGAAGAAGACAGCCAGCCGGGGCAGAAACGCCGAUAUGAUAUCAGAUCUGCCCUCUGAUAAUCUCUAGUUUCCUUAAAAGAUUGAAAUGUUUAAAAGAUUAAUUUUAAGGUUUUUCCCUUGAGAGGUUACAGUGGAGAGGCAUGGCAUGACAUGCAAAAUAGUAUAUCGAUGCACACAACCCUUUCUAUUAUAAUAAUUAUUUAUAAAACCAAUGUAUGGUUAUCAUGUUA